UAUAGUAUUGUUGGAAUUGUCUAAUAAAUAUUUUAUUAAUAUUUAAUUGUUAUAUUUUGUACUUCUUGAUACUCCGUAAUCAUAAUAGAUAGUAUAUUAUUGGUCAAGUUUCCACAUGACAUAGACGAAGAUGGACCCGGCCCGAAUUGACCCAACUUGAACUCAACCUAAACCAACUUGACCCGACUAUUGGACCCGAAAACUAAUCCGACCCAACGUGUUGACCUGAUACCCGACCCGAAUAACCAUUGACCUGAAACUGGCUUGAGACCCGAAUUAACUCAACUCGAUUCCGACUUGAAUAUUAAGAAACCCAACCUGAAUUGGCCAAACCUGAACAACUCGUUACCAAAUCUAACCACGGUGGCUCAAAAGAACAUGACUCAAGUACACUCACCAAUUCGCCCCCCCCCCCCAAAAAAAAAAAAAAACUUAAAAAAAAAAAAAAACUUAAAAAAAAAAAAAAAGAGUUAGAACCAUCCAUCCAAAUUCCAAAUCCACUUUUGCACAAAACUAGGGUAGACUAGAGGCCCACAUGUAACAAAGUCAUUUUCAUUGGUAUAAAAGUAACAAAGAAUGGCCCACAUUUGUAGACCCAAUUACCCAUUUUCUGAUCCAACCCACGUGAGUUUGACCCACCAUCUCCCCCGGUCAUCGCUCAGUUUCUUCCCUCCGAUCCGCUGUCACCGCCUUCUUCUCCUCCUCCUCUCUUUCUCUCUCUCUCUUCCGUCAAUUAUUUUCUGCUCAUACUUCUUUUGACCCACAUCAAUUUCAAUUCUUACUCUUUUAUAAAUCAUAAAAAUUGAGAAUUUUGAGCCAAUGUUUGCUGAUUACCCAUAUUACCCAAAACCCACUAAAAAAACCAAGAAAAUUCUGCAGAUUUUUUGUUCAGAAACAAAUCAAAUGACAAUUUUGAUGUUUCUUUGAUUUCUGGGUGUACCCUUUUGAAUGCAUAAGAAAACCCAAUUCUUUGAAUUUUGAUUUUAUAUACGAAGUUUUUUAUUUUUUGAGCAUGUCUGAUUUGGUGGCCCGCACGGGUCGUCUUCAACAAAGAUAUAAUGAUGGCUGUCGCCUUGUUGCUGGGUGUAUACCAUUCAGAUAUAGAAAUGGCGAGGACAAUAGUAAUGACGAUUCAGAGAGUAAUAUCGAGGUACUUAUGAUCAACUCACAGAGUGGUCCAGGUCUUCUCUUUCCUAAGGGGGGAUGGGAAAAUGAUGAAACUGUUGAGGAGGCAGCUGCAAGAGAAGCAGUUGAAGAAGCUGGAGUAAAAGGAGAUCUUAUGGAUCUUCUUGGGUACUACAAAUUCAAAAGCAAAACUCAUCAAGAUGAAUUCUGCCCAGAAGGAUUGUGUAAAGCAGCUAUGUUUGCUAUGCUAGUCAAGGAAGAACUUGGAUCGUGGCCUGAGCAAAGCAUGCGAAAUAGAUUCUGGCUUACUGUUCCUGAAGCAGCUCAGAGCUGCCGUCAUGCAUGGAUGAGAGUUGCUCUUGUUGAUGGCUUCCUCAAAUGGCAUGGGGACAAGUUUGCAGAUGGAGAUAGGGAAAGAGAUGGUUCGGAUUCAUAAUUAAGGCUUCAAAAAACAUUGUGGGAAAUAAUAGUAGAGGAUGAUUCCAAGGCAAUAUUUGCUUAGUACUGUUGGUUAUUUGUCGCCGUUAAUUUGAUGGCCAUUACCAAUACUGAAUCUUGCACAUUAAUGAUCGUAGUUUGAGCUCAUAUUCAUUAUAUACAUGAAUCACCAAUAUUUCAGAAUUAAUGCUAGAAGUAACACUUUGAAAGUUUGAAUAUCUAUGCUCAGAUAUUGAUAAGCCAAUGUAAUGUAGUUAAAAUGUAAUACUAUGUAUAACAUUUUACCAUACGUAACUACUUCGUAGUAUAAUACUCCUUCCGUUUCAUAAUGUUAGUUCCAUUUAUAAUCUUCUGACUAUUAAAAUUAGAGGGAAUUUUCUAAAUUUCUCUAUAUAAGAACAUACAUAGUCACAUAAGAUCUAAUUUUAUUCGUCUCAAUGAGUUUUUUUUUUUUUUUUUUUUUUUUAAAUACCAAAUCACCUCCUUGACUUGUUUUAUUUGCCUCAAGUCUUACAUGUUACCUGAUCUUACAUUACUGAUUCUCUUCCAUGUUACCUGAUCUUACAUUUUUACUGAUUCUCUUCGUAUUAAUUUAUCAAGUCUUCUAAGAAGCUAAAUUACUGAUUCUCUUCCAUGUUACCUGAUCUUACAUUUUUACCAAUCCUUAAUCCCAUUUCAUUCACAACAGUUUCCGAU